CACCACUUAUAUACGUAUCGAUAUUCGAUGACGCUUAGGAGAGGAUCCGAUUGCCCCCCUCCCGAGUCCCCUCCCAGUUCCAAAACAAAUAUAGAGAAACCAUGCGGUUUAAGGCCGACUCUCGUCACGUUCAAAGCACAAAGCCAUGACUCCAAAGCUCAAUAGCGCCUGAAUUCUUUUCCCGAUCGGUCUGUUUUUACUCUUUUUGAUCGAUCGUUUUUCGUGGGCUAUUCAGUCUUUACAGUCAAACGACAAUAGGGAAAUUCAUGGAUUUUGGACUUCAUUUGGGGGUUAGUGGGGAGGAAUUAGGGAAUCCCACAGCUACGGUUGUUAGAGAGGGUCAUAACAAUGAAUUGGUUGAAAGUUCUGAUCAAGGGGAGAUACAUCAGGGUGAGAAUGAUAUAGUAUCUCAGAGUUCUUCUGGAAGAACUUUAGCUGGAAGUGAAGGGAAUGCAAAUUUAGAACCACAAGUGGGUAUGGAGUUUGAGUCUGAAACAGCUGUACAUGCAUUUUAUAGUGCAUAUGCUAUGCGGACGGGAUUCAUAGCCCGCUCAAACAAAGUCUAUCGUUCAAGGCGUGAUCGGGCUAUUAUUGGUCGGGAAUAUGUGUGUAACAAAGAGGGUUUCCGAGUACCUGAUAAGCGUCGGAGUGUAAUCAAGCCACGGGCACCCACAAGGCUUGGUUGCAAAGCGAUGAUUGCUGUAAAAAGACUCAGUUCAGGGAAAUGGACUAUUUCCAGAUUUGUGAAGGAGCACAGUCAUCCACUAACUCCUGGAAAGAAUCAAAAGGGUUCACUAUUAGAUCAAUAUCCGGUGAGUCUCUUCCUUUUAUGAAAUACAUGUGAAUGAAUGGCUCCAGCCUCCGUGUUCUGAGCUCAUCCGUCUAUAAGCUUGUCUUAAUUUUUAGGCAUUGUUUACAUAUGAAACUAGUUUUUCUGUUGCAGAUUUUAUUGUUACAUUCUUGGUCAGUCCUUUGUAUGCUCUUUCAAUGAAUGAUUUUACGCAUAAUUUCUUGAUGCAUAGAAAUGAUAUGAUUUUUAUAUUCUAUAUAUAACUAUAGUGUAGUUAGACAAGAAACAGCCUCUCCGUGAAGCAGGGGGUAAGGCUGUGUACAUUAUGACCCUCCCCAGACCCCGUAGUGGCGGGAGCCUCAUGCACUUGGUACUCCCUUUUUACUGUAGUUAGACAAGCUACACAUUAUAUUAUUAAAUGAAAGUGAUUAAGAAUUCUAUUUAAAAAAAGAAAAAAAGGAAAAAGAAAACAGUUAAGAACAAAAGGUGCAAGAUGUUACACCAGCACCGGGGGUCUAUAAACUGCCCAGCAGGUACCUUGCAACCAAUGGAUUGUUUUAAUUGAGAAGUAGUUACUGUUUCUUAUAGCUCAUUUGUGCUACUCUAUUGUUGGUUAAACAUUAUUGGAAAGAUGUUAACAUUCCUUCUUACAUAUUAACCAUCUGUUAUUCCCCCCAUGCAAUAUCAGAUGAGUCAUGAUCAUAUUGUUUUAAGCUGUUUCUGGUGAAUUUGCAUGAAUGCUAUGACGUACUAAAAUAAGUUUGAGCAUAUACUAAAGCAAAAAGUAGAAAACUAAAAUGCAUUUCCUUGGAUCACUAAGCACCUGUUUUACUAAACAAAAUAAAAAGUUUGACAAUUCCAUUCUUAAGUGUAGUGCAACUCAAAUUCGUCGUCUCAUUGAACUAGGCACUCUUUCAACUAAUGUUAUAAUGAUACCCUUGAUUAGAUGACCAAAAUGGGAAAAUACCAAAGACAUUUGGAUUUGCUUAAGUGAUCACAGUAAAAUUUGAUCAGGACAAGUAGGUUGGUUCAUUUAGUCCUCCUAUCUAAACAAAUUUGACAGUAGAUAAGCCCUAAUUUAAUCAAUACUAAUAUUAUAAUGAGGAAAAGAAUAUCAAAUUAACAUUGUCUUGUGGGAGUUCCUAUGUAGACUGCAGAGGU